AUGCGGCGCCACAAGAGCCACGCGGCCGGCGGCCUCUGCAAGCGCGGCCACGACAUGACCUGGGCCAAGGUCGAGGCGCUCGUGGCGCCCGUCGCCGCGGCGAAAGCGCCGAGACCCGGCGACGUGCGCAUCGUCUUCUACCGCGACGCCAACGCCUGGUGCCCGCACUGCCACAAGGUCUGGUUCGCGCUCGAGCAGAAGGGCCUGCGCUACGAGACCGUGCGCGUGCACCUCCGGGGCGACCCGCGCGAGCCGCCGAAGCCCGCGGCGUACGUCGACCUCGUGCCGUCGGGCGCCGUCCCCGCGGUCGCGCUCGACGGCGAGGUCGUCACGGAGUCGCUCGUCAUCCUCGAGCGGCUCGAGGCCAUCGGCGCGCCCCUCGGGCCCGGGUCCCUGUUCCGCGCGCAGAAGGACGCGCUGCUCCGCGCGUCCGACGAUUACGACUGCGACGGCGACCGCUGGCUGCGCAACGGGGACCCCGCGAAGGAGGCGGCGCUCAAGGCCGACGCCGUCGCGAAGCUCGAAACGCUCGACGCCUGGCUCGCGGGCGGCCCCUUCUUCCUGAAGCUGCGGCGACCGUCCCUGGUCGACGCGGCGUACGUCGGCUUUUUAACGCGGUUGGCGCACAACUACGCGUACUUCAAGGGCUACGACGUCAAAGAGGCGCACGCGAACGUCGGCGCCUGGUUCGCGGCCAUGGAGGGCGAGCGCGGCUACCGCGCGACGCGCCAGGAGGCCUGCUUCGAGCAGCGCGUCUACCAGUUCCACCCGUCGCGGCGGAGGCACGCGGAGGCGUGCAUGGGCCUGCGCCGGCGGCUCGUCGGCGAGCCCGACGGCGCCGUCCAGCCCGCGCCGGAGGUCGCGGCCUGGGGCGCCGCGGCGCCGGCGGACGCGCUCGCGGCGGCGGCCGCGCUCUGCGCGCGGCGCGAGGCCGUGCUGCCGUUCCUCGCGCGCAAGGCCGCCGAGGGGCCGCCGCCGCCGGCGACCGUGGACGCGCGCGGCAAGGUCGCCUACGCGGCCGCGCCGCCCGCGCCGCCGGCCCCGGGCGCCGACGACGCGCUCCUCGCGCUCUGCGCGCUCCUCGGCGGCGCGUGGCCCGACGACCGCGGCGACCGCGGCGCGGCCGCGGCCGCGGCGGCCGCGGGCGGCGCCGCGGCGCUCGGCGACGGCUCGCCGCUGGCGACGCUCGCGGCGACGAUCGGCACGCCGCGCGACAUGCCCGCGGCGGCGGCGGCCGCCGCGCGCGGCGCGAUCCGGGCCAUGCGCGUCGCGUCCGGCGUCGCGGGACCGACGUGCUGCGCGUGCGGCGAGCCGCGCGCGGGCGAGCCGCCGGCCUGCGAGUGGGCGGACCCGUGCGCGUCGUGCGUCGACGACAUCGCGCGGGCGACGGACGCGACCAUCGAGCUGUAG